AUGGCAACAAUCAAAAAAUACCAUAUAAGAGGAAGGAAAAAUAUUUUAAUUUUUUUACUUAAAAUAUUUUUCUUUUCUCCUUUAAUAUGGAUACUAAUUUAUUCUGAAUAUUGUACGGUUCAUAAGAAUUAUAAUAAAAAGAUCAAUGCUUAUAAUAUAUGUGAAAUAAGACUUAAAAGAUCAUUAGCCCAGGUUUUGGCGAAUAGAAGGUUAAACAGUCGUGGAGUAAGGGAUCCUAGAACUAAGGACAUGUUAAAAGAAAAGCAAUUAAGGGAUCAUAAAAGAAAAGAGGCUUUAAAACAGAAGACUAUAAGAAGUGAGAAAGAAAGAAAUGCUUUAAAGGAAAAGAUGUUAAAAGAACAAAAAAAGAAAGAGGCACAGAAACCAAAUGAUUUAGCAAAAAAGGAAAGCAAAAACACUUUAGAAGAAAAAACAUUAAAGGAAAAAGAAAAUGAAGAAGCUUUGAAAAAAAAAGAAUUAGAAAAAGAAAAGGAAAAAGAAGAAAAGAAUAUAAUAAAAAAUAAUAAUGAUGGAGCAUUAAAGAAUAAAGAAAAUGAUAAAAAUGGAAAAGAAUUAGUUCCAAAAAAAUUAGAACCCGUAGAAAAGGAAUUGAAACAAAUGGAAUCUAAAGAGAAAGAAUUAAUAAAACAACAUUUAAAGGAUUAUGAGGAGAGAAAGGAAAAAAGAAGAAAAUGGAUACUAAGUAGUGUGAGAAAAGAUAAAUUAAGAGAAAUUGAACAAUUAGAAAAGUUAAAUUCUCAAUUAGAAAAUGCUAUAAAUGAGCUGAAAGAAAGAAGAGCUGCAAGAAGACCUAUGAUGGUAAAAAUGCAGCGUGGAAUGAAAGAUGAAGUUGAUGAAUGGAUUAAAAAAUAUGAUGAUGAACAUGCAGAAAAGAAUGGUACGAAAGAUGAAGAAAUUAAAGAUAAAGGUGAUGGUUAUGAAGAAAUUGUUGAAACGAAAUUUUAUGGUAUGAGGGAAAAUGCACUUGGGGAAUUAGAUGAAUAUGAAGAAAGAUAUGAAAAAAAACGUUAUUAUUUAAAAGAAAAUGAAGACGGUGAUUUAAAAGAUAUUGAAGAAAAAUUAGAAGAAUCUGGUUAUGGUUUUAGGGAAAAAUUUCCGACAACGAGGGUAUUGGUUAAAAGAAAAAGAAAUAAAGAACACAAAGCAAAAACUUUAGUUGCUGAAGAACCAGACAAUGAGAAAAAAAUUAAAUUGAAGGGUUCUGAUGAUAAAGAUGUGGUUACCGUAAAUAAAGAUCAAUCAUCUUUUCCUGAUAAAUUUAGAGCUCCAGAUAAAAAGAGAACAUUGUUUUAUAGACUAAGUGAAUUGUUUCCUAUUGUACCAAGAAAAGAUAAUGAGCUUGUUGUUUCUGGAGAUAGUAUGGAUUCAAAUGUAAAUAGAAAAAAAUUCAAAUUAACUUUCAAUCCAUUUAAAAGACAACGUGAUAAACUAAAGGAGAGGAAAAUGCAAGAAUUACGCAAGUUUAAAAGAAAUUAUAAAAAAUAUAAAAAAUUAUUAGAAAGAGAAAAGAGAGAAAAUCCGGAUGGUGAACCUUUGAGUACACCAGAAAUACAUGUUAUAAGACCUUCAGAUUUAAUGGAUAAAGAAGAAAAUAAAUCAGCAGGUCAUCCAUUUAAAUAUCAACCAACAAAAGGAUUAAAGGAAUACGAAAAGAGUCAUGUCUCAAAAGAUUAUCAAUUAGAACAUGAACCACCAACCAAAUUACCUGAAUACGAAAAAGGUCAUGUAUCUAGGGAAUAUCAACUUGAUCAUGAACCACCAACCAAAUUACCUGAAUACGAAAAAGCUCAUGUAUCUAGAGAAUAUCAACUUGAUAAUGAAGCACGAACUGAAUUACCUGAAUACGAAAAGGCUCAUGUAUCUAGAGAAUAUCAACUUGAUAAUGAAGGUCCAACUACAUUAAAGGAAUAUGAUCAAACGGAAUUAGCAAAAGGUAAAGAUAUAACUAAUAAGCCACACGAGAAUCUAGAAGAAUAUAAUGAAACGGAAUUAGCAAAAGGUAAAGAUAUAACUAAUAAGCCACACGAGAAUCUAGAAGAAUAUAAUGAAACGGAAUUAGCAAAAGGUAAAGAUAUAACUAAUAAGCCACACGAGAAUCUAGAAGAAUAUAAUGAAACAGAAUUAGCAAAAGGUAAAGAUAUAACUAAUAAACCACACGAGAAUCUAGAAGAAUAUGAUCAAACAGAAUUAGCAAAAGGUAAAGAUAUAACUAAUAAACCACACGAAAAUCUAGAAGAAUAUAAUGAAACGGAAUUAUCAAAAGGUAAAAAUAUAACCAAUAAACCACACGAGAAUCUAGAAGAAUAUGAUCAAACGGAAUUAUCAAAAGGUAAAGAUAUAACUAAUAAACCACACGAAAAUCUAGAAGAAUAUGAAGAAAAAGAUUAUAUGAAAAAUAAAGAAUUACAGAAUAAAGGUUCUGAUGGAUUAAAAGAAAAUACAGAACUAAAAAAUAAAGAAUUACACAACAAAGGGUCUGAUGGAUUAAAAGAAAAUACAGAACUAAAAAAUAAAGAAUUACACAACAAAGGGUCUGAUGGAUUAAAAGAAAAUACAGAACUAAAAAAUAAAGAGUUACACAACAAAGGGUCUGACGGAUUAAAAGAAAAUACCGAACUAAAAAAUAAAGAAUUACACAACAAAGGUUCUGACGGAUUAAAAGAAAAUACAGAAAUAAAAAAUAAAGAAUUACACAACAAAGGGUCUGAUGGAUUAAAAGAAAAUACAGAACUAAAAAAUAAAGAAUUACACAACAAAGGGUCUGAUGGAUUAAAAGAAAAUACAGAACUAAAAAAUAAAGAAUUAUACAAUAAAGGAUCUGAUGGAUUAAAAGAAAAUACAGAACUAAAAAAUAAAGAAUUACACAACAAAGGGUCUGAUGGCUUAAAAGAAAAUACAGAACUAAAAAAUAAGGAAUUACACAACAAAGGUUCUGAAGGAUUAAAAGAAAAUACUGAAAUAAAAAAUAAAGAAUUACACAACAAAGGGUCUGAUGGAUUAAAAGAAAAUACUGAAAUAAAAAAUAAAGAAUUACACAACAAAGGUUCAGAAGGAUUAAAAGAAAAUACUGAAAUAAAAAAUAAAGAAUUACACAACAAAGGUUCUGAUGGCUUAAAAGAAAAUGUACAUAAAAAUAAUGAUUUGAAGAAUAACCGAAUGCAAAAUAAAGAUUUAUCAAAUAAAGACAUAAAAAAUAAAGAACUAUUAAACAAAGAUGUAUCCAAUAAAGACAUAAAAAAUAAAGAACUAUUAAACAAAGACAUAUCCAAUAAAGACAUGAAAAAUAAAGACGUUUUAAAUAAAGACUUGUCCAAUAAAGACAUGAAAAAUAAAGACGUUUUAAAUAAAGACUUGUCCAAUAAAGACAUGAAAAAUAAAGACGUUUUAAAUAAAGACUUGUCCCAUAAAGACAUGAAAAAUAAAGACGUUUUAAAUAAAGACUUGUCCAAUAAAGACAUGAAAAAUAAAGACGUUUUAAAUAAAGACAUUUCUAAUAAAGAAAUGAAAAAUAAAGACGUUUUAAAUAAAGACUUGUCCAAUAAAGACAUGAAAAAUAAAGACGUUUUAAAUAAAGACUUGUCCAAUGAAGGCAUGAAAAAUAAAGAACUAUUGAAUAAAAACUUGUCUAAUAAAGAAAUGAAAAAUAAAGACUUGUCCAAUGAAGGCAUGAAAAAUAAAGACGUUUUAAACAAAGAUGUAUCCAAUAAAGAAAUGAAAAAUAAUGAACUUUCAAAUAAAGAUUUGUCCAAUAAAGAAAUGAAAAAUAAUGAACUUUCAAAUAAAGAUUUGUCCAAUAAAUAUAUGAAAAAUAAUGAACUUUCAAAUAAAGAUUUGUCCAAUAAAGAAAUGAAGAACAAAUUUUCUAGUGCUUUGAAAAAUAAUUAUACCUCUCGAAAUAACGAUUUAAAUAAUAGCCCUAAUCAUGAACACCAAAAUAAAGACUUAAAAAAUAAAGAACUAUUAAACAAAGACUUGUCCAAUAAAGGUAUGAAGAAUAAAGAACUAUUGAAUAAAGACAUGAAAAAUAAAGACGUUUUAAACAAAGACGUGUCCAAUAAAGAAAUGAAAAAUAAAGACGUUUUAAACAAAGACGUGUCCAAUAAGGAAAUGAAAAAUAAAGAUGUUUUAAACAAAGACGUGUCCAAUAAGGAAAUGAAAAAUAAAGACGUUUUAAACAAAGAUGUGUCCAAUAAAGAAAUGAAAAAUAAAGACGUUUUAAACAAAGACGUGUCCAAUAAAGAAAUGAAAAAUAAAGAUGUUUUAAACAAAGACGUGUCCAAUAAGGAAAUGAAAAAUAAUGAACUUUCAAAUAAAGAUUUGUCCAAUAAAGAAAUGAAAAAUAAUGAACUUUCAAAUAAAGAUUUGUCCAAUAAAGAAAUGAAAAAUAAUGAACUUUCAAAUAAAGAUUUGUCCAAUAAAGAAAUGAAAAAUAAUGAACUUUCAAAUAAAGAUUUGUCCAAUAAAGAAAUGAAAAAUAAUGAACUUUCAAAUAAAGAUUUGUCCAAUAAAGAAAUGAAGAACACAUUUUCGAGUGGUUUGAAAAAUAGUUAUACCUCUAGAAAUAACGAUUUAAAUAAUAGCCCUAAUCAUGAACACCAAAAUAAAGACUUAAAAAAUAAAGAACUAUUAAACAAAGACUUGUCGAACAAAGGCAUGGUAAAUAAAGAAUUAUCAAAUAAAAACAUGUCCAAUAAAGAAAUGAAAAAUGAAUUAUCCAGUGGUUCGAUAAAUAAAUAUACAUCUCGAAAUAAUGGUUUAAGUAACACUCCUAAUCAUGAACAACAAAAUAAAGAGAUAAAGAAUAAAGAAUUGAAAAAUAUUGGAAAUAACGAACAACAAAAUAAUGAUUUAAAGAAUAAACCUAGUAAAGGACAACAAAAUAAUGAUUUAACGAAUACACCUAGUAAAGGACAACAACAUAAUGAUGUAGGUAAUAAUAGCUUAAAAAAUAUGCCUCACAAGAGACAACAAAAUAAUGAUGUAGGUAAUAAUAGCUUAAAAAAUAUGCCUCACAAAAGACAACAAAAUAAUGAUGUAGGUAAUAAUAGCUUAAAAAAUAUGCCUAACAAAGGACAACAAAAUAAUGAUUUAAAGAAUAAGCCUAGUAAAGAACAAGAAAAUAAUGAUUUAGAGAAUGAUGGCUUAAAACACAAACCAUACCAGGGACAAAAACAUACCGAAUUGAAUAAUAAAAAUUUUAAAAACAAGCCUACUGAUGGAUUAAAAAAUAUUAAAGAAGACGAAUUAUCAGAUAAUGAAUCGUCUGAUGAUGAAAAAUCCAAAAGAAAUUUAAGAGGAAAAAAGAAUUAA